AUGGCUUCCGACACAGUCGCUAGUGUCAAUCAGAAAUUCAACUGGGCCGACGACGACGAGGACGAAUUUGACUUGGAUAGCUGGAAUGCUACCGUCGACACCUCCGCGCCCACUGCCGCCGAGCUAGGCCCUCUCCAGGUCGCUCCCACUGGAGAUGACACGAAGGAAGGCGAAGUCUACACGCUAUCCCGCAUCUCCAACGAGCGCGCCUAUUGGGAUCCUCUCGCCAUCCAGGAGUCGUCAGACGCGGAGCCUACCCCGGAGGCAGAGGCAGAGCCAGUUGUUGAGCCGCCAGCUGAGCACUGGCAUAUCGCCGUACUUAGCUGCAGUCCAGAACAUCAGGUCAUGUCUGCGCGGUACACUCUUAUCACGCACGCUAUUGGUCCUUCUUAUGAAGGCAAAGAAGAGUCCGACGUCCCAGCCUAUCCAGAAUUGAGUGAGUACCCGGGCCACCGGUCUUACUAUGCGAGAGGGUUCCGGGACUGGAAGAUGAAACAUAGAGGUUUUUCGUCUAGAAAGGUCUAUCGUAAUUCGCCCUUGAACAUCGUCACUUCCAUCGACAAUGCGCAUGAGAUCGAUGACAUUGUCGACCCCGAAGAAGGGGCGGUAGAAGACGCCGAUCGCGAGAUGAACGAGGAGAUUGAUCGCAUGAUUGAUGAUCAAAUCACCAACCAUAUUGAUCAGUUCCAGUGGUUCUCCAGGACAGAACUUGAGAACUUUUACCACCAGUUCAAGGCUCAGGAGCAGAAAGCCGAGACUGGAGACGACGUGUCAGAUGAUGAUGAUAGCGAUUCGGACGACGGCUGGGAUCAAGAGGCUUACGAGCCAUACAACGGUCCUGUUCACGACGAAGAGAUGUCGCCGACAACCACUGCAUCAGUGGAGGACAACGAAACAACGUUCGCGAUUACCCGCCCAUUCGCCGACAAAGAAGAGGAGCUGGACUUCAACAACGUCGUAUUUGGAGACGAUGACAGCUGUGAUCAGUCGCAGAGUCAGGAUGAAACCGACUCUGAGCCCAGCGAUGAGGGCUAUGUUUCCUCUUCACCACCAGACACUCCUUUUUUCGAAACCUUCAACAAAGCGGACAGCGUAGACGCGCAAAACGCCUUCAAUCACAUCAAUGCGCGACUAAGCAUGUCAUCCAGGCGCCGCAAGACAAUUUGUCGGACGGAAUCCAUGGACGCGCUCAACACAUUUAGGCAAACUGCCAAGUUUGAGCAGCGUGUCGAGGACGCUUUUGAAGACGAUGAAGACGACGAGGACUUUGGAGAUCAACAGGAAAACUUCGGCAUCGAUGAUGAGCUGGAUACAUCAUCGGAUGUCAUGGAGAACACAGAGUUUGUCCUCGUCGUUACACCACCCGAGGAUGAGCAAAGCACGCAAGACUAUCUCUCCAGCCCUGCGACACCUUUAUCUUCAACAAGAGCCACUGUAUCCGCUUCGACUGAAGAGGACGACCAAGUCAUUUCCGUCAAAGACGAAUCACGCGGUAUCCUCAAUUCAGCCUUCACCUUCCCUAGCAUAUCCGCUGGUGAAGCCUCCCUCCCAAAGAAAGAGAUGAGUACCGCAGACACGGUAAUCGACACUUCCAAAACCUCCUCCCGGCGCUGGACCGAUCCGCCAAAGUACGACCCUACCCUUCCAAAUGUUUCACCAUCGCCCAGUCAUCGGCACCCAAGGCACACGAAGCAUGCAAAGCAUAGCUCUGUCUCACUGGACUAUGUUGUCGGCGCCGUCUCAAAGAGCUGGCUCUACGUGGGCCAAGUGCCCUGGACGCAGAUUGGUAUCAUGGGCGCUGGAGUAGUCGCCGGUGGAUUGUUAAGCAUGGCGGGGCGUACCUGA